AUGCCACCGGUACGACGUAGGAGGGAGAGGGUAGUGGAUGACGGAAUGUGGUGUGGGGUUGAAGGAGGCUUAGAAAAGCUCAGAAGCAGAAAGUAA